AUGACCGCGACGGGCGCCGCCGUCACCGCAACACCAAAGAACCAUUCCUACCACCGAUUCAUCAAGCGAUAUCGAACAGAGAUCUCGGCCAGCUCAUCCAGUGUCUUCUCUACCCUCGCCGCGUUUCCUCUCGAUAGUGUCAAGACGCGCAUGCAGACAUACCAUUACAAGGGAUUUCUUGAUUGCGUGCGGCAUACCUACGCAAAUGAAAAGCUCGGCGGUUUUUUUCGAGGCGUCACGGCCCCGAUGGCCAGCAUCACCCUCGUCCGUACCGUCUCCUUCUCGAUCUACCAACGCGCCAAAUACUCCUAUUCCAGCUGGGUGAAGCGAAAUUUCGGAUUCGACAUCAUCGACCACGUCAACCAACGCGGUACAUACCCAAAUCUCUACUCAGUCGCAUGCUUUGGGGCCGCUGGCGCGACUGCUGGUUCCGCCAUAACAUUCCUCGCCUGUCCCUUUGAGCUCACAAAACUCAGCGCCCAGGUCUCUGUCCUGCUGGCCGAACGGGGUGUUAGCAAUGGAGGUAGUCACGCGGUGGCUGCUAGCUAUCAGAACAAGGGCACGCUGCGGACAAUGGCCAACAUAAUUAAGCAUCGCGGCGUGCUGGGACUUUACACUGGCUUUACACUUCAUCUAUUACGCGAUACCUUGGGAACGGCAAUCUAUUUUAUGGUGUAUGAAAGCGGGAAGCAGGUCGGAAACACAUUGGCUGGCGAUCAUCCUAACAGUAAUAAGGCGGCCGUUGUAGCCGCCGGGGGUAUGUGUGGGCUGGUCUCUUGGGCUAUGAUAUAUCCCAUCGACUCGGCCAAGAGCAUCUACCAGCGCAACUCCCUCCUCUAUUCCAAAGGCCAGACGGUCGAGCCAGCACCCAAGAUCGAGUUCUUUAAGCGGCACAUGUAUCGCGGCCUCGGGGUUUCCAUGACUCGCUCUUGCGUGGUGAACGCCAUCUUCUUUUCAUCGUUUGAAUUUAUCAAGAAACACAUCGACUCUCUCGAAGAUGAGGGCAGGAUCUGA